CCUCUUUCACCGUAGAUAGAUGACCCGGAUGUUCAAUCAAUGACCCCCAACCACCCGUGGCUCAUUUCCCCAUUGAUUUUCGUCUAGAUUGGGACUCUUUUCGCAUCUUCUCGUCGUAAAGUGAGCUGCAUUUAUCAUAGUUAGAAGGUGAAGUAACAAACAAAAUAAAUAAUUUGCCACCAUGUUCCUCACCCUCACCCUGCUACGGAAAGGCAUUCCCGGGAAGCAGUGGAUUGGAAAGUAUCGGCGCCCACGACAGAUCACAUGGCAGAUGACACGCAAUACGCUUAAGCAUCUGGAGCGUGAGGCUGAGAACGAAUACUGGAUCAGCCGGCCAUACAUGACUCCGGAGCAGGAGUACUGCCAUGCCGUAGAGCGCAGAGCCCAGAACUGGUUGAAGAUCAAGGAGGCCAAAUUUGCUAAUUUUCCUGAACACAAGCACAUCAAAGAUCACUUGAGUCAUCUGAAUAUCACUAAGACAUGGUCAAGUUAAUGUGAGCUGAGAAAUUACAUGCAAAUACUAUCUUCAUAAUGUGACAAUAUCACGUUUGUGUGAAAGAAAGUUUGAUUUCUUUAUGUGUAUUUAUAGGUGCAGGAGUUUGUAUGUCAACUGAAAAGCUACCGUGAAAAGUUGAAAUGCAACUCAUUGGAUAAAAACUGCUUAACAUUCUUCACCUGAUCUGUGGGACCUUACUUUCGCUCGCCUUAACAAAAUGCGCUUUCAAGUUCAGAAAACCAGGCAUCCCACCAGUUAUAAAAACUCUGUAAGUAGAUGGACUGUUGAAGUGUGUUAUAUGAGGUAAAUGUUGAUGGAGUUAUAUUAGUAGUCAAGAGAGGUUGGGGCAAAAUUGUCAUUUUCUGAAAGGUUAAUUUCACUGUAAUAUGCAUUCUGCUGUUUUACGUUGAAUCUAUUAAAGGGUUGUGGCUGUCAUGAAGCCCAUGUGUAGCUGAAAUUAGAGUGUUCAAUUCCUUAUGAAUCUUUGAAAUUAGAAAAAGCAGGAAGGAAUACAAUUUCAAGGUUGAUGGAAAUGCUUUCACUUCAUUAAUGGAUUCUUAUAAAAUGUAAAUCCUUUGUACAGGGAGCACUGUGAUUCUCUUAAAUCUUAAUAAUUUGCUUCUGUUUGGAAAAAUAGGAUGAUAUUUUAAUACCUUUUAGUCCGUGGCUAUUAGAGCAUAGUGCAGGAAUUUGACCCUCAAUUAAACCUCAGUUUACAUCUGCAA